AUGAAAUUCUUGAACAAUGGAUUGGAUUUUGAAAGAGAAUUUCAAUUUAUUGAGAAGAUUUACAAGAUCAUAUCUCUCGACAUUUUCGGUGGAAUAGCUCAUCAUCAAAAGAUGAUCGUGAAAUCUUACGCAAUAUGUUCACAACUUGACAUCGUUAGUAAGAUAAAAUCAGCAAUAACAGAAGAUGCAAAUUGCACAACUGAGGAAGAAAUGCAGAUUGAGAUUAAAUAUCGAAAGUAUUCACGAAUUCUGAUUGUUGGAACAGCAUUUCUUUCUUGCUCAGUUAUGGGAUUAUCAGUUUUGUGGUCAUUGAUUUUUAUUAAGCAAAUGGUGAUGCUUAUUAACAUUCAAAUUCCUUGGACUUUGCCAGACACUCAUCCAUCUCACGAAAUAAAUCUUAUCAUGAUGUUCCUUUGGCAUUUUAUUUCAACUACUCUAAUUGCUGGUUUCGAUUCGUUCUUCAUCUUAGUGACAUUUCAUUGUGUCGCUAAAAUGUCUGUUUGCUGUUCAAAAGCAUCAAGAAUCGAUGGAAAAACUGAUGAAAAUUUUAUUUCUGAUUUGGUUGAAAAACAUUUACGUGUUAUGGAAAUGAUCAAAAUAUCUGCAAAAAUAUUCAACCAAACAUGCUUUCAUCAACUUUUCACAACGUUUGGCGUCAUAAGAAUUGUAAUAUCAUUAAAUAUAGUUUAA